AAGGCGCCUGCAGUACUAGAAGCCUCCAUGUUUCUCGUCUUCUCCUGAAUGACCCAACAAGGAUGGACAGGAACGAGAUCAGCAGAAGAAUAUUAGACUUCACCUUGGAGAUCAUCUCCCUGCUGAGCGGAGAGGAUUACACCAUAGUGAAGACGACAUCGGGGAGGACUCCCAUCAUGCAGGAGUCAGGAGUGUGGAGCAGGACCCCCAUGACAGAGCCUCCCUCCCUGAUACAUGAGCAGAAGAUCCUAGAACUGACCCACAAGAUUAUUGAGCUGCUGACCGGAGAGGUUCCUGUAAGGUGUCAGGAUGUCAGUGUCUACUUCACCAUGGAGGAGUGGAAGUAUAUAGAAGGACACAAGGAUCUGUACAAGGACGCCAUGAUGGAGGAGCACCCGCCUCUGACCUCACCAGGUGAGAAGAGAAGGUCAUAG